GUUGGUCACUUUCUUGCCUGAAGUUUUUAAAGAUCUGUUUAUAACUGUUAUUAUCAGUAUAUUCCCUGGCCUUAAGCGUGGAACAAAACUGCUGCGGUUGUCCUCAUUCGUCGAACAACCAAAAUCCAAACUCGUACAACACGACGUGUGAAGAUCUUAAAGAGGACAGACGCAAAAUGAAUUUAUUAUGUUGAUCUCCAACACUGUUAUGGAAGCUAACAGUACAAGAUAUAUCAACACAAGCGCAUCAGACAGGAGUUACACUUUCACGCCUUUGACAAGCCAAACCAAACUGACACUAACAGCGAUCAUCUACCUUGUCGGGGUUAUAGCAACGAUAGGAAACAUCGGCAUCAUUGCAUUCAGACACGCGCUCAACAAUCGCAGGCUACAGCGAAAUAGAACGUUUUACUUUGUGCAGAGUCUCGCCUGGUCUGAUUUAGGGGCUAGUGUCCUUAGUCUUCCUCUCUACAAUGCCAUCAUGCUUGUGGAUGUAGUGAAGAACGAUUACAUUUGUAAGGCAGUGCGGGCAGUGAACAUUGCUUUCCCUGUUAUAACUAUUCAGAACUUGCUAGUCAUUGCAUUGGAGAGAUACGUUGCCAUAUUCCACCCGUUCUUUAUGCCUUCUAUCAAGACAGUUAAGAGGUUGGUCUUGAUGGCAUGGGCUUACGGCAUUGUUGGAUCCAUUAUCAUCUCCGCUACCUACAACUUGAUCCCAGUAAACAUUGACAACGACAAGUAUACUCUAGUAUGCCUUUACGACAACAGUAUUCCAGCUUAUAAGUUCAUGUUCUACGGAUUUGUGAUCUUUGUGUACAUAAUUCCAAGUGCUAUUUUGGUCUUCAUAGUAAUCCGUAUGACGAGAUAUUUUAGAAAGGGACGCGUUUCUAUCGAGAACUGCAAUUCUGCGGACAAAUUGCGACUCACUGGAUCUCGCAUGUUUCUGGAUAUUCUUAUCGCUUUUAUCAUUCCAUACUUGCUAUGGUUUGCUUACACGAUAGCAAACUUCACAUUCAAGCCUAAGCUCAGUUUUGAGACCGAGUUUAUACUCCGGUACGCCAUAGUAACACUAGCUUACGCCAAUGGAGCUAUCAACCCGGCGAUCUACGUCUACCACACUAAAGAGCUGCGCGAAAUACUCAGGAUGAUCUUUCACCUUCGCGUUAACCAGAUAUCAACGGGAAAUAUCGAACUUAAGGAAGUUCGUUUCAAACCCAAGAAAAAUUUACCUAAUUCUCACCCUAGCGAUAACACUCAGCUCUAAGAAAAACUUGGUUGAGUAUACAUUGAGCGGUGUGAUAUAAGGAACGUGUACUGCGCGCAUACGAUGCGUGUAGUGUGAUUUACGUGGCGUAAACUGUGCGCAUACAGUGCGUGUAGUGUGCUGUACGUGGCGUGUAGUGUGCACAUACGGUGAGUAUAGUGUGAUGUACGUGGCGUGUAGUGUGCGCAUACGGUGCGUGUAGUGUGCGCAUUCGGUGCGUGUAGUGUGAUGAACGUGGGGUGCAGUGUGCGCAUACGGUGCGUGUGGUGUGAUGUACGUGGCGCGUAGUGUGCACAUACGGUGCGUGUAGUGUGAUGUACGUGGCGUGUACUGCGCGCAUACGGAGCGUGUAGUGUGAUGUACGUGGCGCGUAGUGUGCACAUACGGUGCGUGUAGUGUGAUGUACCUGGCGUGUAGUGUGCGCAUACGGUGCGUGUAGUGUGAUGUACGUGGCGUGUAGUGUGCGCAUACGGUGCGUGUAGUGUGAUGUACGUGGCGUGUAGUGUGCGCAUACGGUGCGUGUAGUGUGUUGUACGUGGCGUGUAGUGUGCGCAUAUGGUGCGUGUAGUGCGCACAUUCGGUGCGUCUAGUGUGAUGUACGUGGCGUGUAGUGUGCGCAUACGGUGCGUGUAGUGUGAUGUACGGGGCGUGUAGUGUGGUGUACGUGGCGUGUACUGUGCGCAUACGGUGCGUGUAUUGUGAUGUACGUGGCGCGUAGUGUGCACAUACGGUGCGUGUAGUGUGAUGUACGUGGCGUGUACUGUGCGCAUACGGUGCGUGUAGUGUGAUGUACGUGGCGUGUAGUGUGCGCAUAAGGUGCGUGUAGUGUGAUGUACGUGGCGUGUAGUGUGCGCAUACGGUGCGUGUAGUGCGCACAUUCGGUGCGUGUAGUGUGAUGUACGUGGCGUGUACUGUGCGCAUACGGUGCGUGUAAUGUGAUGUACGGGGCGUGUAGUGUGGUGUACGUGGCGUGUACUGUGCGCAUACGGUGCGUGUAUUGUGAUGUACGUGGCGCGUAGUGUGCACAUACGGUGCGUGUAGUGUGAUGUACGUGGCGUGUAGUGUGCGCAUACGGGGCGUGUAGUGUGAUGUACGUGGCGUGUACUGUGCGCAUACGGUGCGUGUAGUGUGAUGUACGUGGGGUGUAGUGUGCGCAUACGGUGCGUGCGGUGUGAUGUACGUGGCGCGUAGUUUGCACAUACGGUGCGUGUAGUGUGAUGUACGUGGCGCGUAGUGUGCACAUACGGUGCGUGUGGUGUGAUGUACGUGGCGUGUAGUGUGCGCAUACGGUGCGUGUAGUGUGAUGUACGUGGCGUGUAGUGUGCGCAUACGUUGCGUGCGGUGUGAUGUACGUGGCGUGUACUGGCGCAUACGGUGCGUGUAGUGUGAUGUACGUGGCGCGUAGUGUGCACAUACGGUGCGUGUAGUGUGAUGUACGUGGCGUGUAGUGUGCACAUACGGUGCGUGUAGUGUGAUGUACGUGGCGUGUAGUGUGCGCAUACGGUGCGUGCGGUGUGAUGUACGUGGCGUGUACUGUGCGCAUACGGUGCGUGUAGUGUGAUGUACGUGGCGCGUAGUGUGCACAUACGGUGCGUGUAGUGUGAUGUACAUGGCGUGUAGUGUGCGCAUACGGUGCGUGCGAUGUGAUGUACGUGGCAUGUACUGUGCGCAUACGGUGCGUGUAGUGUGCGCAUACGGUGCGUGUAGUGUGAUGUACGUGGCGUGUACUGUGCGCAUACGGCGCGUGUAGUGUGAUGUACGGUGCGUGUAGUGUGAUGUAUGGCGCGUGUAGUGUGAUGUACGGGGCGUGUAGUGUGAUGUAUGGGCGUCAAGUGUGCUUCUUGUGUCAUGUAUGGGGCGUUUGGUGUGCGUGUAGUGUGCGUGUAGUGUGCGUUUACGUGUAUUCAGGUUUGCGUGUAUGUGGCUCGGCCGGUGUUGCGCCUACAUCGGCCAGCAUUGCUCGCUCGCACGCUUGACUGACCACAGGACAAAGAAAAUGUUGGCAGACCCAUUCGCAGUAAUUCCCAACAUUGUCUACAAGUUGGGCCAUUGCCAGGCCAAGUUUUACCAGCGUUUGGCGCUGUUUGGAAGGGCUUUAACUAGUAAACUAAUUAUUGUCCGUUUUGGCAUUUGGCACAUUUCAGCAGCGGGGGUUUAAACCCUCCUUUGGGCUGCUAGAAAGCUAUAUGUAACAUAAAAAAAUACGCCCGCCUCCUUUGUCACUGAGCCAAACCCUCCCUUUUAGCGAAAAGUUAGGUCCGCCCAUGGCUUUGUGCUAUACAACUUUGGCUGUAAGUAGAGUGCAAUUUUUUCAAGCGCAUUUGUUUGUGUGGAGCUGACGACUUUAAUAUAGUAUACUUAAACUAUUUCAAUUUAUUUUAUGAUGAUUCUUUUUACUUUUGAUUGUCCAUUUAAUUAAUUUUUGCCAUCUGUUUGCGUUUUUCGUCUUUUUUUUUUUCAAUUUUAUGCGCUUAAUUUUUCGCUGACGAUAAAGAAAGCCGACUAUUAUUUUAAACUAAUUGGACUUGAACCCAAACUCAAAGUACUCGAAAUGAUACCGUUCCCCAUCAAAUAUUUACAGGAAUUAUUAAAAGUAUAUUUUGCCAAAACUGCUUUAAACUCCUCAGAACAGAAUAUUAAACUUUAAAGGGAUAUCAUCCUACCAUAUUUUCUUUUAUUGUUUCGUCCGAUCUUUUAUUACCAAGUUUACUGUCAAAUAUUAUUUUAAGGGCCAAAGCCUUUUAGAACAGAAAAUAAAGCAAUACUACAAUUUGCGGUUUUUAUUGAAUCCAACAUGUUUUAAUUUCCCUUAAGGUGAGAGAUAUUGAAAAUGACUGUAAAAUUUAAAAAUUACACGAGACUUACCUGUAAGGUGAAGUUUGAUUGUAAUUCUACGGUUUAUUGGUCAGGAGCGGAGAAGUCACGUGAGAUAAGCGCGCGGGAGUCGAGCAGGCAGUUUUUAAAGGUAGGAGCUGCGAAUGGUCAUAUAAACUAAUGAAGCAUAGGGUGGAGCUAAGAUAUAAAAGAUACAACAGGGUGGGCACGCGACUUCUCCGCUCUUGACCUACAGGUAAGUCUCGUUUAAUUUUUAUAUUAAAUUAUUUUGAUUAUUAUUUUGAUUGGUCUAAGUCGCAACGAAGUCACGUGAGACUUUAAAGCGAUGGCCAGGAGCAGGCCUAUAGGAUAACACCCGGGUAUUAAAUAUGGUUAGAUCACUGGUGUAACUCAGUGCUGUAUAGUAUUAAUAGGCAAAGUAGUGGGGGCUGAAACAUAAAAGUGCAAUUAAACAGAUUAACUAUCAGAAUCUACAAUCUCUAGGUUUGUUAUAAAACUUCCUUAAUGUCUCA